UGAAAUAACUUUCCUCUUGACACUGCAGGUUUCACUUCAGACAGUAGAGCUUAAUGCAAGAUUGUAAGAACUUUUGAACAUGCUUAUGAUAAUGCUUACUAAUAAAUACAUUUUUAUUUCUUCUGAUAAGGACAUUGUAUCUUAUUACUGCUUUUAAGAGAAGAACAGAAAUCUCCUUAGAUAUUGUGAUUCCUGGAACAGUGAUGAACCAUUUCAUCAAAAAGAUCAGCCCAUGUGAUGAUGCUGUCAUAAAGCCUGACAUCACUGCUCUUGGCUAGAUCGCUCCCCUUCUCUUCAAAUAAUACUGAUUUCAGCAGCAGUAUUUGAAGAGGAAAGAGGGUGCCUCCCAGUAGGAGAUUGGGUGGUGCAACCUGGCCUGUAAUCCUUUACUGUGAGGUUGCUGGGGUGCAGGUGAAGGGAGGAAGAGCAUCUACUUCAGAUAAAGAAUAUUAUUGCAGUAGUCAUAUUAACAUUGGAAAUAACAUUUUAGUGAACUGUAGGGUACACUGUAGUACAUGGCUAGAGACACUGGAAUGAAGUGAAGCUCAUUCCAUUUGGAUUUCUUCCAUCUAAUUUUAUUUUCCAAAGCCUACAUCCGUUCUUGGACAAAGAGGAUAAUCUAGACAGAGCUGAAUUAAGUUGUAGCCUCUGACUGCAGGGCUUGCUCUUAUGGCUGGCUCUUUUUCAGGGCACAGAAAUGAAACAGGAAACUCCUUGUGUCCUGCUGUGUUGUACAUAUGCACAUGGACCUGUCCUCAUUUCACUUUUUUAAAUAUUUGUUUCUUUUAGUAUGUGAAUAUUGUGUAACUCUAUUACUUUUUGUUUUCUUCCAGAAUGUUCUAAUUGUGGAGGAUAUUGUUGGAACUGGAAGGACCAUGAAGGUUCUGCUUAAGACUAUAGAAAAAUACAAGCCAAAAAUGAUUAAAGUGGCAAGUUUGUUGGUGAAAAGAACAUCUCGGCCUGACGGAUACAGACCAGAUUAUUACGGAUUUGAAAUUCCAGAUUUAUUUGUGGUAGGUUAUGCCUUAGACUACAACGAGCACUUCAGAGAUCUAAAUCAUAUAUGUGUUAUCAAUGAUCAUGGCAAAGCAAAAUACAGAGUCUGAAGCAGUAACAUCAACACCUGAAUAUAUGAAGCAGAAUUUGAAGCAGAAAUUUGACUACACUCCCUCAAGCAUUUCCCAGAAGAGUGAUUCAACCAACUCGUGUGUCUUUCAACUCAGUAUAAUAAGGGGGUUACUCUAGAGAUUAAUAUUAAUACUGAUUAAUAUUUAGAGAAACGAGAGCUCUUAUCUAAAAUGUGAAGUAUAGGGCUUUUAAAGUUACUACCUUUUUUUAAGUAUUAAAGUAAUCACAUAAGAUACCUUUUGACUAAUAACUUGUCUGCCUCAGGUCUCAUUGCGAAUGUAUUGUUUUGUUCAGUCCAUCGUUCCACCCACUGCAAUUCAUGCACUUCACAGUAUUGCAUGAGAUCAUUCAAAAGUGCCAUUCUGUACAUGAAGAUUAUUGUAGAGGAUUUUAUUGACUUCACCAUCCCUUUAGUCUUGGUCAGAUAUGCUGCUGCUAAAUUGAACGCAUUAUUUUGAUUUAAUUCCACAAUUCAGAAGUUUCAGCUGAAGCUGUGUGUUGUGUUGCAGUUCAUUGCUGCCUCUUCCAAACAAAGCUGUAGCACUCGGAAUGCACUGAAUUAGAGUGUGGGUCAAAAUGAACCCUUGCAAUACACUGUUGAUCUGAAGCUGGGAGAUAUCUGGUUCUAGUAUAUCAUGUAGACAUUGAUCUAACCUGUUAAAUGUGCUGAAUUUUAAUCAAAACAAAACAAUGCCAGGUGAGUUUGAAUUUCUGCAUGGUAUCCCUUACUCCUAUAGGACACAAACAAGUAUAAAAAUUAACAGUAUCCUGUGCUUAUAUUCUUCAUUAAACUUCAUUAAGCACAAAAAUUUACUGCUACUCAGACAGUUAUUCAGUUAUGAUUUGAUUUUUGUAGCAUGUCCAAGUUGAGACUUUUUGUAACCAUUUGUUGUCUUCAAGAAUAGAGAUCUGACAACUCUGGAGAAGACUUGUGUAGAAAAAAAAUUAAAUAAAUGUAUAGGAAAACAGAAAAACAGGUAAUGCAUGAGUGCUGUAGACUAUAGAGGUUCCUUCCUUUCUUUAUACAUCAGGUUUGAAGAAGAUUGUGAAUUUACACGCUGCAUUAACUGCAAGACGUUUAAUUCUGUAUUGAAUGUAACUGUUCUUAACUUCCCGAGAGAAACCAGUGCAACGUAAGGGGCUGUGUAUCAGUAGCUUUGCUCUGAAAUGUGAGAGGCAGAUUGUUAUUAGCUGCUAUGAACUAAUAAAGAAACAUUAAGAACACUU